CUCGUGGUGUUAUUACUUAUUAGUUAAAUUGUUUAAUACUUUAUUGUAUUUUUCAGUUUACUUAAUACUACUCAAAGCAGAAGUGCAAGUAAUCCCUGUUUAUUGAAAAACGAAUAUAUCAAUACAGCUUAAAUAAUACAGUAGUCUUAUUAUUUCCUAAGAUGCCGAAGUAUUAUUGCGAUUAUUGUGAUACAUAUUUGACACACGACUCCCCUAGCGUCCGAAAAACACAUUGUACUGGGCGAAAGCAUAAAGAUAAUGUUAAAUUUUUCUAUCAAAAGUGGAUGGAGGAGCAAGCCCAACAUCUGAUUGAUGCUACUACGGCUGCUUUUAAGGCAGGUAAAAUUGCGCAAAAUCCCUUUGGUGGUAAAGGUGCAGCUAUUCCACCACCAUGGGAUCCUUCAGUAAUGGGCCCUGGCGGACCAAGACAACCAGUACCAGCCCCGGGAGGACCACCUGGUAUGAUUCCACCACCUUCCAUGGGCCCGGGUGGUCCAAUGGCGCCUCCAAUGAUGAUGGGCCCACAUGGACCAAUGCCACCUAUGAUGGGUAUGAGACCUCCAAUGAUGGGGCCUAUCAUGGGCCACAUGGGGCCUAUGGGACCUAUGGGUCAAAUGAGACCUCCAUUAAUGAAUGGACCUCCUGGUAUGAACAAGUAGUGACUAUUUACAAAAAAUCAGGACAGACUGUUUAAGUGAUGUAUAAUAUUGUGUUGCUUUUAAAUAUAUCUCAAUAGAUUUCUACAUCUAAUCUAUUUGAUACUUUUUUAAUAUUAGUUUAUUGAAAAUUGUGUAAAUAAAUAUUACAUAGUUUAAUUUA